AUGGGGGGACAGCCCGCAGGACCGGCCAGCUGCUGUGCUGUUGCCAUCAUCAUACCUGUGCACUGCUUCACCUCUAGCAAGAUCAUUGGCAACACGUGGGGGGUCUGCCUGGGGCUGCUGCAGGCCGAGUAUACCCAGGAGGAUGCCCUGGAUGGCCUGCAGCGCUCCAUGCUGCUGGCCCAUGUGGACCUGACUGAGAAGCUGCUCAAUUAUGCACCCCUGGGUAAGUGA